GCAGCCCCGCGCCCGCCGCCGCCUCUUCAAUGGGCAACCUGCUCGGCGGGGUCAGCUUCCGCGAGCCCACCACCGUGGAGGACUGCGACUCCACCUGGCAGACGGACUCGGAGCCCGAGCCCGAGGAGCCGGGGCCGGGCGGCGGCGGCGGCGAGGGCCCGGGGCAGGAGCCCGAGCAGCCUGCGCAGCCCCCGGAGCGAGUCGGCGGGCGGCCCCGCGCCGGCCCCGCGCCGGACGAAGACGCCGAGGCGGCGGGCGCCGAGCAGGGUGGUGAUGCCACUGAAGCAACUGCCAAACCAAAGAGAAGCUUUUAUGCUGCGAGGGAUCUGUACAAAUAUCGACAUCAGUACCCACAGAACUUCAAAGAUAUCCGAUAUCAAAAUGACUUGAGCAAUCUUCGUUUUUAUAAGAAUAAAAUUCCAUUUAAGCCAGAUGGUGUUUACAUUGAAGAAGUUCUAAAUAAGUGGAAAGGAGAUUAUGAAAAGCUGGAGCACAACCACACUUAUAUUCAAUGGCUUUUCCCCCUGAGAGAACAAGGCUUGAACUUUUAUGCUAAAGAAUUAACUACAUAUGAAAUUGAGGAAUUCAAAAAAACAAAAGAAGCAAUUAAAAGAUUCCUCCUGGCUUAUAAGAUGAUGUUAGAAUUUUUUGGAAUAAAACUGGUUGAUAAAACUGGAAAUGUUGCUCGGGCCGUUAACUGGCAGGAGAGGUUUCAGCAUCUGAAUGAGUCCCAGCACAACUAUUUACGAAUCACUCGUAUUCUUAAAAGCCUCGGUGAGCUUGGAUAUGAAAGUUUUAAGUCUCCUCUUGUAAAAUUUAUUCUUCAUGAAGCUCUUGUGGAAAAUACUAUUCCCAAUAUUAAACAGAGCGCUCUGGAGUAUUUUGUUUAUACGAUUAGAGACAGGAGAGAGAGGAGAAAGCUCCUACGUUUUGCCCAGAAACAUUAUACGCCUUCAGAGAAUUUUAUCUGGGGGCCACCGAGGAAAGAACAGUCAGAGGGAAGCAAAGCCCAGAAAAUGCCUGCCCCUCCCACCUCUGGUCAUAUCAGUCAAACUUCUAUGCACAAAAAAUCCAAGGACUCCAAAAAUUCCUCCUCAGCUGUUCAUUUAAAUAGCAAAACGGCGGAAGAAAAAAAGGCGGCACCUGGAGGGCCUGGAGAAGAGACAGACAGGCCGGGCGCCGAGCCCAGCAGUGAAGCUACCAAGCCUGGAAACACAGAGGACGGUAAGGCCGAAAACUCGAAUUCUGACCCGGAAAAAACAGGCACCAAUCCCACAGAGAGGAAGGAGGGUGCAGCGCCCGCUGAGAACAAGGAAGAAGGUGAAACUCCUAACAAAGACUGUGAAGAUCCUGGAACUGCAGGUUCCCCUGGUGAGGGACAAUUACAGUGAAUUAUGAGAGACCGCACACCCCAGCAGUAGGCAUGAUGGGUCCUCAGAGCUUCCUCUGAAUCAUGAGGGUGUUGAGCCCCAUUAUCCCUGACUUCUGAAGAAGGUGGACUGCCUUGGACUCCAUACACAAUUUUAAUAGGUAUCAAUUUUCACAAAAUAUCUGUUAUAAUUUGCUACCAUUUUGUAGUUGUUUAGGAAAUUGUGAGCAAUUAGACACCUGCUAUGUAAAUUGUAGCUGAAUCUUUAUCUUGGGAAACAUUGAAAUACCAUUUCCGCCCACCCCUCCUCCCAGUUCUUCAAUCAAAAAUUCUUUUGAGUUGUUCUUUCAUAGGUAAAUAUUAAAAAGUUUUUAUAAAAUGACUCAGUGUAUUUUAAAAAUGAACUGAAAGGGAAAAGACAUUGAUGCCUACUUGUUACACUGAAAGACCUUGUUUAAAAAAAAAUUAGAAACCUUAUGAAAAUAUAUUUAAGCUAUGAAGUUUAUCAUAUUUUCAUUUUUAAAUUAUAGCAGAGUUUAUGGAACAGUUUACUUUUUAAAUUGUAGCAGAAUUUAUGGAACAAUUUACAUUUACAUUACGGAGAGAUUAGUUAUAUAAUAAUCUUGGUCCUAAGAAAUGUUCAAGUUCUGUACUCACUGGUCAAAUGGUCAUUAUUUUUUUCAGUGCUAAGAGAUUUAGUUUCAGGUAAAGAAAAGGAAAACACAAAUGGAACAAAAGAUUAAAAACAGUAACAAGAAACUUACCACAGAAAUAAAGAUAUAACCAAUGAUGUGUCUGUACAAGUGACAGAAUUGUUGGGAGCAGAUGAGCUGUACAAGCUUUAUGGUGGGGAUAUGAUUUCAGAAUUAGCUCUAUGUUAUUUGUGCCCAGGAGAUUAGGGAUUGGUGUGCAAACAGAAUCCCAUUAAUACUCUCAUCUGAACCAUGACUUCCACCUACUCCACAGUAGACUGAAACCUUUCAGUAGAUAGAAGUAGGCAAAUAAUCAGAUACUAAGUUUAAUUUCUUUGCCAGUGUGUUUCAACAGUUGGUGGUUUUACUAACCAGAAAUUAAACUGAGGGACUGGCUGAGAUAGGAUUCAGUAAUAAGGUUGUCUAGAUAUGAAGUAACUAUCUCCCACAGGAGAGUUGACAGCAUAUUGUGCGGCGUUACAAUUAAGAGAUGAGAGCAAAGCAUUAGCUUAUCAUUUGAUAAGCAUUUUUUUUUCAUUUUUAUAAAAAGACCAAUGACUCACUUUUCCUAAAUAAGCUAUUGGCCUUUCAUUAGUAUUACCUAAGAAGAUAGAUGGCCAACUGGGUCCUGGCACUAUUUUCACCUUGGAAACUACUGUGUCCUUUGUAUGUUAAGUAUUUCAGGAAAAUGGGAAGGAUUCUGAAAAGGCUGUGUGUUACUUCCCACGUAAGCUCUCACUGUCCAGCAGCCACCGGCCCUUCUCUGUGCUCCGUAUCCUAUUGCAGUAUGAAUUACAGGAUGCUGUGCCUGUCUGUUAGUACCAAUACCGUGUGUGGGGUAGGGGUUGUAACCAGUCUCUGGAUGUGUAUGGUACUAUGAAACACUUUAUAAUUCUAUAGUUGUAUGGCGGUGUUAAGCCACAAAUGUAUAAAGAACAAUAGUUUCAAUUGCUUACUGCUGUGUUUUAAAAUAUUGUUUCUGAAAUAAUAUAUUUAGAGUUCCUUUAGAGUAAUUAUUUUUAAAAACUAUUGCCAGAUAUCCUGUAAAAUGAACAAAAGCCACUUCAUCUUGGUUAACAUUUUAGCCUUAUGUUAGAGUACAUUAUCUUGAUUUUGCAUGAUUAAAAUAUUUUUGAAGAGCUGGAA